AUGGAGAAGCAUGCCAGCUUGUUAGAUAUUGUAUUCUCUUGGACUAUCAACGAUGUUCUCAACGAAAAUCUUUUCAAACACAAGGUGCAGAAGAUCCCUCAGACAUUCUUGUCAACGAAACAUUACAUGAAGUCUUUCAUUCCUUCAUUGAUUGAAGAAACACACAGUGAUCUGUUUUCAAGCUUGAUAGGAGUGUCUCAAGCUCCUUAUUGUGAAAUCUUGACAAUUGAAAGAUCCAGGGACUUCAGACCUCCCAAGGACUUGCUCUACCAGAUUACAUUGAAGAGCACUACUGAUGCUGUGAAAGAGGUUGGAAAGUAUGAACCUGAGGUUGGUGAUCUCAUUGCAUUCACAAAUAUUAGACCGAGAAGCAUACAUGACUUGAACAGGCCCAAAAGAUACUACCAUAUAGCUUAUGUUCAUAGUUCAAAAGAUGUAAUCACUGACGAGAUCCCUGUACUAUCAUCCAAGUACAUGGAGAUGGAUAUGAAAUCUCACUUAAGCAAUAACAAAGCACAAAAGCUUUAUGCCGUCUAUCUUUUGAACAUGACAACAAAUGUUCGUAUUUGGAAAGCCUUGAAAUCACAGUUCGAGGGUGCAAACAUGAACAUUAUUAAAACAGUGCUGCAAGCUGAUUCAACGAGCGGAGAAAAAUGCCACAUUUGCUUGUCUGAAGAAAAUCACAGUCGAGCCUAUUUUAGCGUACAAAAGAUAAUCCGUGCUCAGAAUCUGAACGAAUCGCAGAAAGAUGCGAUUUUAAGCUGUGUUACUAUGAGGAAAUGUCAUCAUAAUGACACUAUAAAAAUUAUAUGGGGACCACCAGGAACUGGCAAAACAAAAACGGUUGCUUCCAUGUUGUUUUCCCUGCUAAAGUUGAAAACCAGAACGUUGACAUGUGCUCCCACUAAUACUGCAGUGUUGGCAGUGGCUGCUCGUCUUCACGGUAUAGUUAAAGAUUCACUUGAGUUUGAUAAAUAUGGCCUUGGUGACAUUGUGCUAUUUGGCAAUAGUUCUAGAAUGAAAAUUGAUUGUCAUCGUGGUCUUGAGGAUGUCUUUCUUGAUUAUCGAGUGGAUCUUCUGUUGAAAUGUUUUUCUCCUUUGACGGGAUGGAAACAUUACUUGGAAUCAAUGAUCAUGUUGCUAAGGGAUCCCAAAAAGCAAUAUGACCUAUACAAGCGUGGUUUGGGAGAGGAUCUUAUGUCAUUAGAAGAAUUUGUUAAGCGAAGUUACAUAAAUGUAGAAUGUGCAUAUCGUACGUUCAAGAAACGUGGUAAGAAAUAUGGUCCUAUGACAUUGGAGCAAUUUCUGAAGAAGAAAUAUGUUUAUAUUGUAGAACAAUAUGAUAUUUACAAGCAUGAUGAAAAGAUGAGUAAUGGUAUGACAAUAGAGCAAUUUGUAAAGCAGAGAUUCAGUUUCGUUGGGGAGAAGCUCAAGUUAUUCAUGCGAACCUUAUAUGCGCACUUACCAACAUAUCUCAUUCCAUUUAUGGUGGUGAAGAACAUGUUUAGAGCUCUGGACUUGCUGAAAUCUCUUGAAAUUUCCUUGCGUCAAACCAAGUCCAAGCAUGCUCUCCAUGGUUGUGAAGAUGGACAAGGCAUUCUUGACUGCUUGGGAUGGUUAAGCAUCGAAAGAGAAGAGUGCCUUCGCACCCUAAGUUCGUUUUCUCAGUCAAUUUCACUUCCCAACCUCAGAACCAAAAGUUCCAUAUCAGAAUUUUGCUUGAUGAAUGCGCGCCUUGUUUUUUGCACAGCAUCAAGUUCCUCUAAAUUGUACGCUGAAGGAAUGAAAAAUGUGCGAUUUUUAGUAAUUGAUGAAGCAGCCCAGCUAAAAGAAUGUGAAUCAACCAUUCCAUUGCAGCUACCAGGCCUCCAGCGUUGUAUCCUCAUAGGUGAUGAGAGACAACUUCCUGCAUUGGUCAAAAGCAAGAUUGCUGACAAGGCUGAAUUUGGAAGAAGUUUGUUUGAGAGGUUGGUAUCGUUGGGGCACGAGAGGCACAUGCUUGAUAUUCAAUAUAGAAUGCAUCCAUCCAUUAGUAUAUUCCCAAGUAAGGAGUUCUAUGGUGAGCAACUUUCUGAUGCCCCCAUUGUAAGAGAAAUAAGCUAUAAUAAGCGUUUCCUUGAUGGUAAAAUGUAUGCUUCCUAUUCUUUUAUAAACAUAUCUAAGGGUAAAGAGCAGCUUAAUCAUGAAAACAGUUUGAAGAACAUGGUUGAGGCUGCUGCUAUCUCCCAGAUUAUUGGAAGCAUUAGAAAAGAGUUUGUGAGGACAAGGAAGAAAACCAGCAUAGGAAUCAUAUCUCCAUAUAAGGCUCAAGUUUAUGAAAUCCAGGAGAAAGUUAAGCAGUACUGUUCGGUUUCUGAUCCUAACUUCUCUAUUAGUGUUCGGUCUGUCGAUGGAUUUCAAGGUGGCGAAGAAGAUAUCAUAAUAAUCUCUCUUGUGAGAUCUAAUGGGAGAGGGAAAGUGGGUUUUCUUUCGGAUAGACGAAGAGCAAAUGUGGCUCUGACUAGAGCUAGAUAUUGUCUUUGGAUAAUAGGAAAUGCAGCAACUUUAAGGAAUAGUGACUCUGUAUGGAGAAAAGUAGUUGUUGAUGCAAAGAAAAGAGAUUGUUUCCAUAAUGCUGAUGAUGAUAAGGGAUUGGCUCGGGCUAUUGGGGAUGCCUUGCUUGAGCUUGAACUACUAGACGAGUAUGAGACCCCAUUUAAGAAACUCAGUCUAGGGAACAAGCCAGAGACAGCUGCUACAUCAUCCAGGUAG